GAGCGCAGGCGCAGGGUUCGUGCCUGCGGCGCCGCUCUCCCUGCCCAGCCAGGCGGCCUGAGCCGCCCCUGCCGCGGUUUUCCUGGCGAAGCGCGCGGUGGCCUCAGUGGGCUCAGAGCCUGGACUAGGCGCGGGGCAGCGGGCAGCCCCGGCCGGAGCACCGGGCGCUCCUUCCUCGCCGCGACGCACAGAAUUGAUUGCCUGAAGAAAUGGAUACUUCUCCCUCCAAAAAAUAUCCAGUUAAAAAACGGGUGAAAAUACACCCAAACACGGUGAUGGUGAAAUAUACUUCUCAUUAUCCUCAGCCUGGGGAUGAUGGAUAUGAAGAAAUCAAUGAAGACUAUGGAAAUUUUAUGGAAGAAAAUCCAAAGAAAGGCCUGCUGAGUGAAAUGAAAAGAAAAGGAAGAACUUUCUUUGGAACCAUGGAUACUCAACAUCCACCAACAGAAGACCCAAUGACCAAUGAGAUUGGACAAUUCCAAAGUUUUGCAGAAAAAAAUAUUUUUCAAUCCAGAAAAAUGUGGAUAGUGCUGUUUGGAUCUGCUUUGGCUCAUGGAUGUGUAGCUCUUAUCACUAGGCUUGUUUCUGAUCGUUCCAAAGUUCCAUCUCUAGAACUGAUUUUUAUCCGUUCUGUUUUGCAGGUCUUAUCUGUGUUAGUUGUGUGUUACUACCAGGAAGCCCCCUUUGGACCCAGUGGAUACAGAUUGCGACUCUUCUUUUAUGGUGUAUGCAAUGUCAUCUCUAUCACCUGUGCUUAUACAUCAUUUUCAAUAGUUCCUCCCAGCAAUGGGACCACUAUGUGGAGAGCCACAACCACAGUCUUCAGUGCCAUUUUGGCUUUUUUACUUGUAGAUGAGAAAAUGGCUUAUGUUGACACGGCUACAGUUGUUUGCAGCAUCUUAGGUGUUUGUCUUGUCAUGAUCCCCAACAUUGUUGAUGAAGAUAAUUCUUUGUUAAAUGCCUGGAAAGAAGCCUUUGGGUACACUAUGACCGUGAUGGCUGGACUGACCACUGCUCUUUCCAUGAUAGUAUACAGAUCCAUUAAGGAGAAGAUCAGCAUGUGGACUGCACUGUUUACCUUUGGUUGGACUGGGACAGUCUGGGGAGUAUCUACUAUGUUCAUUCUUCAAGAACCCAUCAUCCCAUUAGAUGGAGAAACCUGGAGUUAUCUCAUUGCUAUAUGCAUUUGUUCUACUGCAGCCUUCUUAGGAGUUUAUUAUGCCUUGGACAAAUUCCAUCCAGCUUUGGUCAGCACCGUGCAACAUCUGGAGAUUGUGGUAGCCAUGGUGUUGCAGCUUCUAGUGUUACAUAUAUUUCCUAGUGUCUAUGAUGUCUUUGGAGGGGUAAUCAUUAUGAUUAGUGUUUUUGUCCUUGCUGGCUAUAAACUUUACUGGAGGAAUUUAAGAAGGCAGGAUUAUCAGGAAAUACUAGACUCUCCCAUUAAGUGAAUACCUGAUUAUUAUCUUGUUAAUGUUCAGUUAUUAAUAGGUACACAGACAUUUUAAUGUUCAUCUGGAAAUAUGUUGUAUAACUGA